UUCGGUACGAGCUUACGUACGCGCUUUCCAACGCCCAGCGGAAUCGGUACUUUUUAAUUUCUCGUGUUAGUUGCCAGUGUUUUUUUAAGUGUUUUCAAUAUAAACUUUUUAGUGUGUAAUAAUGAACUUUAUAUGUCUAUGAUUCUGUUUGAUAAGUAAUUGUUCUUAGCUGAUAUUGUAAAAAGAUUGACAACAGCGAUGCCACACACAGGUCAAGCUGGUGUGAAUCAACUGGGAGGCGUUUUUGUCAACGGUCGUCCCCUCCCAGACGUGGUGAGGAAGAAGAUUGUAGAACUAGCAAUCUUGGGCGUCAGGCCGUGUGACAUCAGCCGACAGCUCCUCGUCUCCCACGGCUGUGUCUCUAAGAUCCUGACCAGGUUCUACGAGACUGGUUCAAUCAGACCUGGCUCAAUUGGAGGAAGCAAGACUAAGCAAGUGGCAACACCUACGGUCGUGAAGAAGAUACUGCGAUUAAAGCAAGAGAACCCGGGCAUGUUCGCGUGGGAGAUCCGAGAGAGACUGCUCAGUGCGAGAGUAUGCGAGCCACAUUCCAUACCAUCUGUCUCCUCGGUCAACAGGAUCUUGAGGAACAGCGGCCUCGCGUGGAGUGAUGAAGAACCGAGAAGUGGACACGAACCAUACCCACAACCGGAGCUCUCGCCCAGUGUUAUGGACUACAUGGCAUUGAAAACAUCUUUGGCACCGUCACUACCUCCACAGCAAACAACACCAUACUUCGCUCACUCAGCUGUCAGAAUACAUCCAUCGCAGUCGACAGACCCCGCUCAAAUCUACGAUAGAAGGCUUGCCACGUCAUGGCUUUUAGCCAAUCAAGUCCAAGCACAAGGACUAUUGAAACCUUACCCGAUAUCCCCUUGGCAAAGAAUAAUGAUGCCGUACCACACUGAUUCUAAAAACUUCACCCCUUACCUCAGUCUACACAGCGAUCUCCUAAAUAGAAUAAAUUCGGAUGACGUGAAAUCGGAGAAUUCAGAACAUAUAUCAGUCGAAGCUAGUGACGAUAGCACUGACCGGCCGGAUGAUGAACAAGAUCAUAAAACUAAAGAAAAAAAGAAAAAUCCAUAUUCUAUUGAGGAAUUACUAAAGAAACCGGAUAAAAUCUCGAAUCCAUAUCCAAUCGCGUUCCAGAAUAUUCCACGACAACCGAGCGGGAGUAUGGUCGAAUAUAAUCAGGAAAAAAAUUCCAGCGAUAGAAGUUCACCAGCCAGUUAUUGUUCCGUGCAAAGCGGCGUAUCGAAUGAUUGUUUCAAUGAAACUGUCAGUUCAGAAAUAAAAGCGGGAAACUAAACUUAAAAUUGUACAUAAAUUAUUCCUUACAGUAUUCAAAUAUUUAGAUAAUUUAUUAAAUCUAUUGUCUAAUUUUCACGUUCCA